GAUCAGAGAAGGCUGCCCUUUGCUUGAUUUCACCAACCUCGGGAGAUUUCGACACGUGAGCGUUACAUCACCUGCGGAGCCUUUUUCACCGUGUUUGGAUGCACGUCGGGUUACAAAAAGAAUGGAAGAUAUUUCUGAUAUAGAUUCUUUGGCUACAAGGAUAAAAAAUACAAUGAUUCAGUAUUAUAACAUUGAUGACAAUGAAUGGAGAGUUGCUAGGAAAACAAAAGAUGUUACUGUUUGGCGUAAACCAUCAGAAGAAUUCAGUGGGUGUCUUUACAAGACAGAAGGUAUUGUGGAAGAUGUUACCAAUAGAAUAAUAGAUCACAUACGGCCUGGACCUUAUCGGAUCAACUGGGAUAGCCUGAUAACCACAAUGGACAUUGUUGAAAAGUAUGAAGAG